GCUACAUCUGUCAACCAGGCCAGUACUCACCCACUGAGGGUAGCACUAGGUGUUCCCAGUGUCCCGCUGGUUCCUUCUCCAACCAAGCAGGAAAGUCCUUCUGCACGGUGUGUCAGGGAGGUUGGUACCAGCCCUACCCCAAGCAGAAGGAGUGUAAGAUCUGCCAAGCAGGGACUGCUCAGGGUAAGGAGGGGGCUACAGAGUGUAAUGUGUGUGAACCUGGCUCCUUCAGCAACAAAGAUGGAGCACUAGAUUGCAUCCCCUGCGCUGAGGGAUCCUCCCAAGGUAACGAAGGGCAGACUAGCUGUAACGUAUGUAAAGGAGGGCAGUACGCCGGAGGGGAAGGUAACCUGAAGUGCGGGGAGUGCGCUGCAGGCUCCUUCUCCCAGUCAGGGGCGGGUAACUGCACCCUCUGUUCUGCUGGUUCCUACUCCACCUCCACCUCCUCCCGCUCCAAGUGCUCUCUCUGUGAACCCGGCAGGUUCGCCUCAGGAGAGGGUAAUACGGAGUGUCUGAGUUGUGAGGCCUGGGUCCUAUGCUGAGUACUGGGGGACCGGACAGUGCGACCUCUGUGCUCCCGGACACUAUGUUAACUUCAAGGGAUCUACCAAGUGUUUGGAGUGUAAGGUUGGGUUUGAAGCUCCUGCAAAUGGGACGGCUCUCUGCGCUGCUUGCCAACCUGGCUCCUUUGCUAAUGAAACUGGAUCAGUGAAGUGUACGGAGUGCUCCCCUGGUCAGUUUAACCCGUACGAGAUAGCAACCUCCUGUACACACUGUCCGGCUGGGUCGGUGUCUGGAGAGAGUGGAGCUGCUGAGUGUACAGAGUGUGGAGGGGGGAGUGUUGCUGGGGAGGAUGGGCUCGCUCAGUGCACUCAGUGUACUCCGGGUUAUUACUCUGUGGAGAGGACUCUGUGUGCUCCUUGUGCUCCUGGCUCCUUUAACAAUAUUACCGGGGCCAGCCAGUGUCAACUGUGUGGUGUGGGGUACGACGCCCCCCAGAACGCGAGUCUUGCUUGUGACAUGUGUGAGCCCGGUGCCUUCUCCGACAACCCCGGCACACCUGAGUGCAGUCUCUGUUCUCCGGGUCAUGUUGUGGAUAUCUCCGGAGCUGAGGGAUGUGAUGCUUGUCCUCAGGGAUACGAACAGCCUAAAGCAGGAGCGACUGAGUGUAAGAUUUGUCCGGAGGGAACCUACACUGACUCAGAAGGAAGUGAUAACUGUGUGUCCUGUCCGAGAGGAACGUACCAAAAUAAGCAGGGAGGUAACACCUGCUCUCCUUGUCCUGAUGGGAAGACUACAUCAGCUGAAGGAACGACCGGAAUAGAAAAGUGUUAUUGGGAGCAGUGCCCUAUCGGUUACCAUAGAAACUCGGAGACUAAUGAUUGUGACGAGUGUUCUCAGGGAACCUUCACAGACACUGUAGAGUCUCCUGAGUGUACGCCUUGUGCUAUGGGCUUCUUCAACCCGAUCAGAAGACAGAGAAAGUGUCUUCAGUGCCCUGUAAAACACUGGACCAGAUCUACUGGCUCCAUUCACCCCACCGACUGUAUCGGACCUAUAAUGACGAUGUGUGAUGGCACUAAUAUGACGGGUAACUGUACGACUUAUUACGAUGUAGAGCUAUCAGUGCCCUUCACCGCUCAGUCCCUUGAAGUAAAGGCCGGCAAGUUCAAGGUCUGUUCAGGCAAGAAAAUGUACCUGAAAUGUGAGAUGAUCUCCUACCCGUUCAGGGUUGAUGACGUCACUGAUGACGUCACCAGACAGCUCUCUUUCAGUCCGCUCAGUUUGGAGUCUGACAUUGACGACUCGUUCUGCUACGAAAACAGAGGAGAAGAGUUCGCUCCCACACGUUUCUACAACGCCACUAUCAACGGACACGGGUGUAAGAACUGGAUGGACACUCAGCACCCGGAAGCGGGAGAUAGCACGUACUGUGCUAAUCCUGACCCUAAACAGAAGAGCGAGCCGUGGUGCUACACACACGACCCUGCCGUGGAAUGGGAAUACUGCUCUGUUCCUAAGUGUGUUUGGGACUUUGAGUGCUACACUGGUACUGGGUUUGAGUACAGGGGCACUCUAGCCCGCACUGAACAAGGCUACACUUGCCAGAACUGGCAGAGCGACUGGCCCCAUCCUCAUAGUUAUCACCGUGGUAACGGGGCAGGAGACCAUAACUACGGCAGAAACCCGGGUAACAACGAGCGAGCCCCGUGGUGCUUCACAACCAACCUUUUCAAAAGAUGGGACUACGUUAACCCUGGACGAUGCAGUCGUGACAAGUUUCCAUUCUACAAAGAAUAGUAAUAAUAUCAAGAUAUCUUUUGGUUACCAUGGAAACUAUCAAGAUAUUCCUGCAAUAAACGUGAUUUUAAUUUUAAGUAUUGUUUGUUCUAUAG